GCAUGGCUCGACCAGCAAGCCUCGCGCAGUACCAGCGCCAUUCCAUUCACCUCAUGUCAAGGGUCCUCAACAUUCGCACCAAUGCCUCACCGUUUACACUCAUCCUCGACGAUCUCAACCAACGCGCCAUACCGCUCAUCGGCGAGCUCGUCCGCCGCGCCCUGUCGCGCAACGUCAAUGUCGUGGUGGUUUCUUUCGAAGCCACGCGUUUUCACCCAGCUGUUCGCAACGUUUCGGCCUAUGGGGAUCAGAGUGGCGAUCAGAUCCUGCAAGAUAUCCGCAAAGCCAUGGAUGACGCGAAAGAGAGCCUUGUCAUUGUCGACUCGCUCUAUGAGCUAAGCAACACGAAUAAUGUCGAUGUGGGCGCCCUCCUCAAUCUCGUGGCAAUGGAGUUCGCAUCCACCCUCGUCGGCAUCUACCACCAAGACAUGGUCCCUUCACAAGACGCGCAGAACGAGUACGCACCACAGCCACUCGAGCUCUUCAAGUACACAGCUACGACGGUUAUCACAUGCAAAUCUUUCGCGCACGUGCUCGCUACGAAAGCUGCUAAACAGCGCAGUCUGGCCGAGCCAACUCAUGGCCUUCUGCAGGGAGCUGAAGGUAUUGUGCAGUGUCUCGACGCCAACGACCACCGCGGCAUCGUCCUGGAGGCCGAGUUUCGACGCAAGUCUGGCCGACCAGAAAGCGAGACAUACUUCCUCCGCACCGCUCGCCAGUCUGACUACCACAUGCCUAUUUCGGGGUUGCCCUUCGGUACCCUUAAGCAAGAGUUCGUAACGCUUCUCGACCAAGUGCCCGCCUACGGCAAUCAAGAAGUCAUCGGUUUGAUCAACGCGGAAGCCAACGACAUCGAAUCGACUUUCAAUCUUGGUCUCACCGACAAACAGAAGCAGGCUCGCGAGGGUGUUGUGCUUCCCUACUUUGAUGCGCAGAAGGGGGAGGGCGGUGAGGGUGGUCGCAUCCUAUACGAUAUGGGCGCCGAGGACGACUUUGAUGAAGAGGAGGACGAAAUUUGAUGGGAGAAAGACGGGUAUAGAUGGACGCACGAUCGGAUGAUACCCUGCAUGGGCUGGCGUUAAGGACAUCAUGGACAGUG